CCUGCCCUAUAGGGGCUGCAUCAUUACUAAUGGGCGGUGGGAGCCCCUGGUACAGUGAGUGGGUUCCUCAGUGAGUAGGAGACUGGGUGCUGCACCCAUCCCUGCCGCACCGGCGCUGAGUUCCUGUUCCAGUUAAAGGGGCAGAGCCAGGAAACUGGACGAACCGGCGGCGGCGGCUGUUGCGCAUAUAAAGCGCUGGGAGACGCAGGUGAACGCUCAUUUCAGGUGGUUCUGCCCGGGAUCCCCCCCCCCUCCCCUUUCCAUGGAUCGGGCUCUGCAGGGGCCACAGGGGAAGCAUGGAAUGAAAGCGCCGAGCCCCUCAGUCUGAUGAAGCCUCUCCGAGCCCGGACCCGAGUCAGAGCCCCGACAUGGCUGCUCGCUGCGCUCCUCAUUCAGCAGGUGACUGACAACCAUGGUGUCACGCUUCACGUCCAGGACCCCAUCAUAAACACCACCGUGUCACAGGAUAUCGUUCUGGCCAUAGAAUGCCUGUGCAAUGGGACCCCUUCCAUCAAGUGGGAUCACAUGUCCAGCCGAGGCAUCCAGCACAUUAUCCAAUGGAAGGCGGGGUCUUACCUUAACAUCUCGCAGAGCUACAGCGACAGGGUCCACAGUUACGAGAACGGUUCUAUAAAACUGCUGAAUGUUGGAGUGAAGGACACUGGGUUUUACGUGGUGACGGUCACCGAAGAAUUUGGACUCACCAAACAUGGUACAAUUGUCCUUAAUGUUCAUGAAAUCCUCUAUGAAGACUUCUAUUUUGUGGCUGUGUUCAUUGCAUUUCUGGCUGCCGGGUCGGCGGUUUUAGUCUGUUUUCUGUGGAUUUGCAACAAAUGCGCAAAUAUUUAUCAUAAGAAAAAGCAGCUCAAAAGAGCGGAGGAGAUUGAAAUGCGAAUAAUAUCGGACCAAUGAAGCACCUGAUGUACAUGAUCUACCUCGAGAUCCACAUUCGCCAGAGGAAGAUCACUUACUUUUAUGGAAACUGUGAAAGAACUGUAAGGUUACUCUUCUAUAGGCACUGACAGUAUUCCCCACCAUUGUGUAGAGGGUUGGUAGCCUCUCUGCACUCGGGGCACUUCUGCACUGACUUUCAUGGGGGCUCAUUUACUUACAUUUGUUGUAACCCCUGGCAGCCAAUGAAACUUUUUCUUUAAUUGUUGUUCUGCAGCUGUCUGAACAAAGCUUAUCUCUGAUUGGUUGCUAUGGGUUCCUGGGGGAAAUAUCCCCCAGUUUUAGUCAAUAAGCCCAUACUGUAAAAAAAGCACUUGAUCAUGGUUUGCACAUAGGCAACUGCUGUGUACGGGGCAAGGGAUCCGGCGCCCAAUCCUAAUCUCCAGACAUUGAUCUUUUCAACUGACAGAACCAGUUGGAUGAGAUGCCAGUUGCGGCUCGGUGACGUGUCACAACGCAUCCAUAUCAAGCGGAUACACAUUGCAGGGUGGGAAUGAUAAUUUAUUUUGUGUGUGUGUGAGUGAGUGAGUCCUAUGGUGACUUUGUUUACAUUUUUAUUGUCGCUAUUUGGAAGUAAAUGAAUACAUUAGUGAG